AUGCCAGUGGCUUUAGGGCAUCUCCUUCUACUUGUACUUGGAACAGUCUAUCUCCAAAAAACAAGCUGUCCAUCAAUGGCUCUCCAACAAGAUUCAAGAUGUGGGCAUAAAGUCCUUGGAAGCGAUUCGUGGGCCUUUUAUAAUCACUUUGCUCGGAUUGUUGGUGGAAGCCAAGUACAACAAGGAUCACAUCCAUGGCAGGUUUCCUUGAAAAGAAGUAAUCAUCAUUUCUGUGGAGGAACUCUUGUUUCCACUCAGUGGGUAAUCACAGCAGCUCACUGUGUUGUAAGCAGAUCACUGCUGCAUUUGCUGACCGUCACUGCUGGAGAACAUGAUUUGAGUCUAAAAGAUGAGGAAGAGCAGACGCUCCAUGUCAAAUACAUAAUUAAGCACCCCAAAUUUAAUAGGAGGAAACCAAUGGAUUAUGAUAUUGCUCUUCUAAAAAUGGAUGGUCACUUCCAAUAUGGUACAGCAGUAUGGCCAGUAUGUCUUCCUGGCCCGCAUGAAAAAUUUGAUCCAGGAUAUGUAUGUGUCACUUGUGGUUGGGGUCGUUUAAGAGAAAAUGGGAUUCUCCCUGACAUCCUGCAUGAAGUCAGAUUGCCUAUCUUAGACCAGACACAAUGUUCUGGAAUCUUGUCAACUCUAAGGAGGCCUAUUCAAAGUCACACUAUAAUGUGUGCUGGAUUUCCAGAUGGAGGAAAAGAUGCUUGCCAGGGGGAUUCUGGAGGUUCACUUGUGUGCCAACGUGAACAUGGCCCUUGGACCCUGAUUGGAGUGACUUCAUGGGGCAUAGGAUGUGCUCGAAGCUGGAUUCAUAAUCUGCAAAAGAAGUAUGCGAAAAGAGGAACUCCAGGAGUCUUUACGGAUCUGACCAAGGUGCUCCCUUGGAUUCAGCAGCAUAUAGAUACCGAUGUCAAAAUGAAGAGUUCUGUAGCAUCGUGUAACAUUCAAGAUGGUGCACUUUCUGGCAGUGAAGGAAAAUUGGUUUUUCCUGAAUUCCCAAAGCCUUUUUAUCAGGAUAAUCAGCUCUGCAUUUGGACUUUAUCUGUUCCAGAAGGGAGGCAUAUAGUGUUGAAUUUUUCUCACUUUGAUGUGGAGCCAGAUGCAUUCUGUGACUAUGAUUCUUUGUCAGUGAUUUCUAUGGAUGAUCGACUCAUUGGGAAAUUGUGUGGAAUGAACCUACCACUGCCUAUUUUGAUUGGUUCAAACAGCGUAAGAUUGAAAUUUGUCUCAGAUAACAAGGAAGAAGGAACUGGAUUUAGCAUGACAUACCAAGCUAUAAAACCAGCUAGUUCUCUAGAUUCUGGUUGUGAAUCUCUAGCAGUUCUCUUUGAAGAAGGAACAGUGCAAAGCAUGCAUUAUCCAGAAGCAUAUAAUAACCUAGCAGAAUGCCAAUGGAUUGUUCAUGCUCCAGAGAACCAUGUUGUUAAGCUCGCAUAUGAACACUUUGAACUGGAAGAAAAUGAAGACUGUAUUUAUGACUCAGUGACAGUCUAUGAAAAUGUGGCAAAGGAGAAAGAAAUAGCUCGAUCGUGUGGAUUUGCUGUCCCAGCACCAGUUCUGAGUUCCUCUAACACAAUGCUUAUCCACUUUCAUUCUGAUGAAACAGAGACCUACAGUGGGUUCAAAGCUGUAUUUUUCUUCAUUGAUGUUGCAGGUAAAGAAAUUAAAAGAUUGGUGAAGCAGUACAUCGCACAUCCAGAUUUUAACACCAGUACUCUGGAUUCAGACAUUGCUCUAGUGGAACUUACCGAGCCUUUAGAAUUCAAUCACUAUGUUCAUCCAGUGUGCCUCCCGGAGCAAGACGAGAAGAUUGAACCUUCAAGGAUUUGUGUCAUUACAGGAUGGGGCAAUCAGUAUGAAGAUAGAGCACAGUCAAGUAAACUGCAUCAACUCAGAGUUCCUAUUUUGGUUUCUGAAGAAUGUCAGAAAUACUUUGUGAACCAUCCUGGUGUGGUCAAUGAAAGGAUGUUCUGUGCUGGAUUUCCUGCAGAAGGGGGAAAGGAUGGAUGUACAGGUGAUUCCGGAGGUCCACUGGUUUGUCCUACAAAAGACUCAAGCUACUACACCCUUAAUGGAAUAAUUAGCUGGGGCUUUGGUUGUGGAAGAAAAGGCUAUCCAGGAGUCUAUACAAAUGUUGCUGCUUUUGCUGAUUGGAUCAGUCAAUACAUAUAUGGAAAAAAUAAUUCAUCAAGUAUGGUAUGAAGACCUUUGGAGAAGACAACUAAAUAAAGGCACAAUUCUGAAGAGCAUUCC